AUGCUUAUUUUAUCACCUUUGAGGGAUGGCCAUCAUCAGCUCAAGGAGGAGAAGCAGUUAGGUGGCGGCGGUAGAGAUGAGGGUGAGGUGGAGGGUUUUGAUUUCAAUGGAGGGAAUAGCGUGGGGUCGGCGGGGCUGGACUUCCCGGAGUUUUCGGGGGGAAUGGGGAACCUGCUCGACAGCAUCGACUUCGAUGACCUCUUCAUCGGCAUCCAUGACGGCGACGUGCUCCCCGAUUUGGAGAUGGACUCCGAAAUUCUUGACUUUUCGGCUCACCGAGACCAUGGUGACGAAUAUUAUCAUAAUAACGCAAAGACGACUUUGUCCAAAGUGGAAGACCAGGAGGAGGAGGAGGAGGAGUGUAAGGACCGUGCCAGAGCGGCAGCGGAUAGUUUAACAAGUGCUACUACUACGAGAAAUAAUCAGAACUACUCGAGCUCCAGUAAUACUAGUACUACUACUACUUCUGCCACUCAAGAUCAGGAUCGAGAUGGAGGACAUGAAGAAAUUGGGAGUAAAGGAGACUGUAAUAGUAAUAUUAAUAAUAAUAUUAGUCAAAUUAGGGCAUCUCAGCAUGAACAAAAUCAGCUGCUCAAUCAAUCGUCGAGCCCCAAAGAAUCAGCUGAUCAGAAAUUGGCUCGGAAGUCAUCAUCCACUGCGCAAUCCAAGAAUUCUCAUGGGAAAAGAAAAGUUAAGGUGGAUUGGACACCAGAACUGCACAGGAGGUUCGUGCAAGCAGUAGAGCAGCUAGGGGUGGAUAAGGCAGUGCCUUCUAGGAUUUUAGAGCUUAUGGGAAUAGAUUGUCUCACUCGCCACAAUAUUGCUAGCCACCUUCAAAAAUAUCGAUCCCAUAGGAAACAUUUGCUAGCCCGUGAAGCAGAGGCAGCAAGCUGGACCCAGAGACGACAAAUGUAUGGGGCAGCAGCUGUCAGCGGAGGAGGAGGAGGAGGAGGAGGAGGAGGAGGCAAGAGUAGUAGAAGUGACGUCAUGAUGAUGAACAGCCCUAAUUGGCUCAAUGCACCCACCAUGGGUUUCCCUCCCAUACCUAGCCCUACACCACCACCCAUGCACCACCACCACCACCACCAGAUGAUCAGACCCUUACAUGUGUGGGGCCACCCCUCCAUGGACCAAUCUAUGAUGCACAUGUGGCCAAAGCAUCUUCCCCAUAAUUUCCCAUCUCCAAUACCACCUCCUCCUCCACCUGCACAUGCAUGGCCUCCUCCUCCUCCUCCACCUUCGGAUGCUUCGUAUUGGCACCACCCUCCCCCUCACCACCAGCGUGUUCCAAAUGCACUAACCCCAGGAACACCAUGCUUUCCAAGGCACCUAGCUACUGCGACGCAGCAGAGAUUUCCCGCUCCACCUGUCCCAGGCAUUCCACCGCAUGCCAUGUACAAAGUAGACACAGGCAUCGCUGUCCCCUCUCCGCAAUCUGGGCCCCACCCUCUCGUCGACUUUCAUCCGUCAAACGAGAGCAUAGAUGCAGCUAUUGGAGAUGUUUUAUCGAAGCCAUGGCUGCCUCUUCCUCUUGGCCUAAGGCCUCCGGCUACUGACAGCGUCAUGGUGGAGCUGCAACGGCAGGGAAUUCCAAAGAUACCGCCCUCCUGUGCUUGA